AUUAUUUCCUCUACUCUUUUUUGUCUCUCUCCCUCUAAAAUAGAGCCACGCACUCGCCCAUUAUUUCAACGCCUCCGUCGUUAAACCAACUACUUCUUCUCAGUUCUUCUUCUCACAGUCAUCUCCACAACCAGAACCCACCACUCUCAAUCAAUCGAAAAACUUACCUAACACAACACCAAAAAGAUGGAGCCUCAGUAUGAAAACCACGCCGGGAAAUCAUUUUCCGGUAGAAUUAUUGAGAUAGACCAGAUGACGGAAACACCACGGACGCGUCAUCGCAGAGCACAAUCAGAAACUCUUUUCAGAUUUCCUGAUGAUAUAUUAUUUGAUGCUGAUGUUGAUUUUAACAUGAAUGGGUUAGAUAUAUCUGAAGAAAAUGACGGAGGAGGAGGGUUUCAGAGGAAAUCAGAAGAGGAAGAAGAAUCUAAUGGAGGUUUUGAUGGUAGUGAGAAAUUUAUGGGAGGUAAAGUGGCGGGAACUACUAAUCAUUUUAGGAGUUUAUCAGUUGGAGCUGAUUUUUUUGAGGGGUUAGGGUUUCAACCAUCACCUGGUGGUGGUGGUGAUGUUGAGAAAUUUGGUGGGAAUGGUGGAAUUCAAGAGAGAAGGAUGCAUCAUAGACAUAGUAAUUCAAUGGAUGGGUUUUCUUCGUCUUAUGAAGCUGAUUCUUCUAUGGAUUAUGCUAAGAAAGCUAUGGGACCUGAUAGAUUGGCUGAAUUGGCUUUGAUGGACCCUAAGAGAGCUAAAAGAAUUCUUGCAAAUAGACAGUCCGCAGCAAGGUCCAAGGAGAGGAAGAUCCGUUACACCAGCGAAUUGGAAAGGAAGGUGCAAACACUUCAAACGGAGGCAACCACACUCUCGGCACAAGUCACAAUGCUACAGAGAGACACCACUGGUUUGACUAAUGAGAACAAAGAACUCAAAAUACGGUUGCAGUCAAUGGAGCAACAAGCACAUCUUAGGGACGCUUUAAAUGACACCCUAAAAGGCGAAUUGCAGCGGCUUAAGAUUGUUACAGGAGAAAUCCCAUCUUCCCACGGAAACUCUUUCAAUCGAGGAGCUCCUCAACCAUUUUAUUCCCAUUCACAGCCAAUUUGUCACUUUGGCAUUCCCCAGAACCAACAAGUACAUCAUGCGUCCCAGUCAUCAUCCAAUAGUCAGGGUCCCAGUGGUCAACCUCAACUCGGUUCUGUGGACUUCCACCAAAGGGUCUGAAAUUCAGCUUUUCAGCUCGGCAAACUUUCUGUACUCAUACAUUGGGUAUCCAAGACUUGGAAGGCAAAAUCAUCAAAAGAAAAGUGUUUGUUUCUUGUGUAUAUAUAUAUCUAAUAUGUGUACUGUAGUUGCAGGUGAAGCUUUUGAAGAGUAUAUUACUUCAGUCAGUAUGUGUCUGUAUUUUAUACAUAAUAGGCAUGAUGCGGCCUUUUCCAGUCAUAAACCUCGUUAGCGACACAAAUUUAGAUUGCAACGGGCAAUAGUUUUAAAUUGUUUUCUGAUUUUUGCUGUAAAAAUGUCAAGCUUAAAUAGUCGAUGGGUGUUGAUGAAAUUAUUUCCUGAACUUAUUAAAUAUUACGAUUCUGUUGUAUUA